UAACAUCAACCAUGCCUACUGACUUCACUGCACUUCUGCCUCCCACCUUCCAUCGCACGAUCGAGAGCUGGCUUGCCGAAGACAUCCCCUCAUUCGACUAUGGCGGCUACGUUGUCGGCAACGAGGAGAAAACCGCUACGCUCUAUUGCAAGAGCCCUGGAAUCGUCGCUGGCCGGCCCUUCUUUGACGAGGUGUUCCGGCAGGUCGGAUGCACAGUGAGCUGGACCCACGAAGAGGGUGCCGAGAUUGACCCGCUCGGCGGCAAGGUUGCCGUGGCCGAGGUCUGUGGGCCCGCGCGCAAGAUCCUUUUGGGCGAGCGUCUAGCCCUGAACAUCCUGGCACGGUGCAGUGGUGUUGCCUCGCGUGCACGCCGCCUGCGCAAGAUUGCCGAUGCCAGCAACUUCCAAGGCGUUGUCGCUGGUACCCGCAAGACUACGCCGGGGUUCCGUCUGAUUGAAAAAUAUGGUAUGGAGGUUGGCGGAGCGGACACUCACCGCAUGGAUCUGUCUACUAUGGUGAUGCUCAAGGAUAACCACAUCUGGGCUACCGGCUCCAUUGCCAAUGCGGUAAAGGCUGCGCGCUCGGUUGCUGGCUUCUCGAUCAAGAUCGAGGUUGAGUGCCAGAGUGAGGCUGAGGCUGACGAGGCUAUCGAGGCAGGUGCUGACAUUGUUAUGCUCGAUAACUUCACUCCCGAGUCAAUGCAGGCUGCAGCAGUCAGUAUCAAGGAGCGGUGGGCAAAGCUCUCGCGUGUUGUGCUGGUUGAGGCCAGCGGUGGUAUCACUGAGGAGACGGCUCCGCUAUACAUGGGUCGGGGCAUCGACAUCAUCAGCUUUGGCGCCAUGACGCAAAGCGUUCCGCACGUCGAUUUCUCGCUCAAGAUUGCUCACUGAAUAUUUGAAUAAACUAUCCGUAUGCAGGUGUAUGGUAAAUAGAGUGCAAUGGGUGUGAUAUGAAUGGAUAACAUUCCAAUCACAGCAUUUGUAAC